AUGUCGUUCGCCGUUCUUCCCGCGGCACUCGCCGCCGCGCUCCUGGCGCUGGCCGUGUCGCGGCUGUGGAGCUAUGCCGUGGUGCGCCUGCUGUGGCGGCCUCGCGCGGCGGUCAGGAUGUUCCAUGAGCAAGGCGUCCGUGGGCCUCCGUACAGGUACCUGAGGGGCUCCAACGAGGACAUCCGGAGGAUGAAGGCGGAGGCGGACGGCGUGGAGCUGGACGUGCACGACCACGACUACCUCAAGAGGGCACUGCCGCACUUUGUGAAAUGGAAGGAUCAGUACGGAGGGCCAUUUCUGUACUGGUUCGGUCCAAAACCUCGAAUUUGCAUCUACAAUUACGAGCUGGUUAAGCAGAUUCUCGCAAACAAAUCUGGACAUUUCAUGAAAAAUGAUGCACAUCCGACUUUUCUGGCAAUGUUCGGCAAAGGGCUCGUAAUGGUGGAAGGCGCAGAUUGGGUGCGGCACCGCAGAGUGGUGAAUCCAGCUUUCUCCAUGGACAAGCUUAAGAUGAUGACAAGAACAAUGGUUAGUUGUGCUGAAUGUUUGAUCAAGAAGUGGGAAGACCAGGCUGCCAAUAACAAGAACAGAGAGAUAGAAGUUGAGUUGAGCAACCAAUUUCAAGAGUUGACAGCAGAUGUUAUAUCUCGUACUGCUUUUGGAAGUAGCUACAGGGAGGGCAAAGAAGUAUUUCACGCACAGAAAGAACUUCAGGCCAUCAUGGUGGCAACCUUCCUCGAUGUGCAGAUACCAGGAUUCAAAUAUCUCCCUACUAAAAGGAACAUACGCAAGUGGAUGCUACAAAAGAAGCUUCGGAACACGCUAUCUGAGAUGAUACAAUGCCGAGUAGCAUCGAAGGAAAGCGGAUUUGGAGAUGAUCUGUUGGGACUGAUGCUUGAGGCUUGCUUCGCAAAAGAACAAGGGGAGGAGCACGACAAACUGAUUCUUAGUAUCGAUGAGAUCAUAGAUGAAUGCAAGACAUUCUUCUUUGCAGGGCAUGAAACCACAUCACAUCUACUUACUUGGACGAUCUUCUUGCUAAGUGUGUAUCCAGAGUGGCAGCAGCGGGUAAGAGAGGAGGUUCGGAGAGAAUGUGGGAAGGAAAAUCCUAGUGCAGAAAUGCUUAGUAAAUUAAAAGAGAUGACAAUGGUGCUCCUUGAGGCACUGAGACUGUAUUGCCCUCUUAUUUCAAUGCUGAGAAGACCUAUCUCUGAUAUCAAACUAGGAAGUCUCAACUUACGUAAAGACAAUGAAAUUGUCAUUCCUAUCCCAAUACUGCACCGAGACAAGGAGGUCUGGGGUGACAGAGCAAGUGAGUUUGAUCCGAUGAGGUUUGAGAAUGGGAUUACAAAAGCAGCAAAGAUCCCACAUGCUCAUAUAGGAUUCUCUAUAGGUCCAAGAUCAUGCAUCGGUCAAAAUUUUGCAAUGUUGGAAGCCAAGUCGAUGCUGGCAAUGAUCGUGCAGAAGUUCUCCUUUACUCUUUCACCAAAGUAUGUCCAUGCACCUGCAGAUAAAUUAUCCCUUCAGCCUAAGUUCGGUCUUCCUGUAAUUUUAAGUCCACUUGACGUAUGAGUUUAUAUAUGAUUAUAUGGAUUUAAGUUUCUACAUGUCAAUAAAGAGUAUAUCCAGUCUUACACCCACAAU